AUGGCGCAGUGUGGCUAUAUCCCAGAAGAAGAUGUCUUUUCACCAAUACGUUUUUCAUUCCAGCGAGCCGCUCGAACAGAUCGUAGUGUAUCGGCAGCCCGUCAGAUGUGCUCGAUGCGGCUCUUCCUGGAAAAUCAUGAGAAUUUCUUGAAAACUGCUACCGGUGAGCUGAAUAAGCAUUUACCGGAUGAUGUCCGCGUCUUAGGUGUCAGACGUGCAAUUCGUACUUUUACGGCACACAGGGAUUGUGAUAAACGAACGUAUUCAUAUACUUUGCCAACAUUUGCCUUUGCUAGACCAGAUGAGUUAACAACCAGUAAAUAUCGCAUCAGCGAAAUCUCGAUUGCUGAUUUGAAUGAUGUGCUUGCAAUGUACAAAGGCACUCAUAACUUUUUCAAUUACACUUCUGGGAAGUUAGUCAGUUUUUACAGAUCUUUAUCCUGA